CAGUAAGUACAAUGACCCUAUUUGCACAAACAGAAGAUAGCUCAGUGUGUGCUUUGAGGAGAGAGCACGGACAUUUAAUUCACUGUUUGUAGAAUUAUUAGGGAAAUGACAGCUUCAGAGACCUCAACGAACAAGGUUAGAGAAACAUACAAUGAUUACGAAACUAAUGAUGAUUUCACUGCAGAUGAGCAUCCUCUUUAUUCGAAUGUGUCCAGGUUCAUGGUCAGAGAUGGACCCAGAUCAAGGCCUUACCAGUUGGCAACCAUAAGUCUGGGCAUCCUCAGUGCUGUAUUAUUGGCCAUUAUGAUAGGACUAAGUGUUCGCAUUAACAGGGUGAGUGACGAUCACAACAGCUUGUCUCUCAACACCUCCAGGAUCAAUUCUGAACUUGCACAGCUCAAAUCAGACCACAAAAGCCUGAUCGAGUCCAAAAAGGCACUUCAGGACAAGCACGAUGAAGACACAAAACAGAUCAAAUCUCUGCAGACAAACCUGGCCACGGAAACGAGACUGAAGAAUGAACUGCAGUCUCAGAAUCGUGACCUGAGGGAAGAGAAAAGAAAAUUAAAGUCUCAGCUCACAAAUCUUGAAGAAAACUGUGGCCAGUGCCUUCCACACUGGCUGCUGAUGAACAACACGUGUUAUUUCUUUGCUGUGUCUGAGGCUAUUCCACGCAAGGGCUGGGCUGCAGGCAGGCAAGAGUGCACCAAAAAAGGAGCUGACUUACUUGUCAUAAAUUCAAAGGAGGAGCAGGAGUUCAUAUCGGACACCUUAAGGGCAAUGAAGUACAAUUUACAAUUUAAUUAUCGAAAUGGAUUCUGGAUGGGACUGAAGGAUGACCAUACAGAAGGGGUCUGGAAAUGGCUGCACGGGACCAAUAUGACUGAAGGAAACUGGAUGGAUGGAGAGCCAAAUGAUGAAUAUGGGAUUGAAGAUUGCGCAGCCGUAUAUCCUACCAACAAUCCAAUGAAGUCUUGGAAUGAUGUACCAUGUGCACACCCACUAAAAUGGAUUUGUGAGAAGGAAAUAACUAAAACACCCUAGAAUCCACAAUGUCCCAGGAACAUAAUGCAAUCCCCAUUGUAUUAUAUAUUAAUCAUCCUGAUAUAUCAUUAUUAUUAUUUUUGUUAAAGAUUAUGAAAUUUGACUCUUAAUUACUUCAGGUGAGUGUUUCUUAUUUUUAAGUAGCUUGCAGACGCACACUUGCUGCUUUGGCAGCCUGGAACAUUUUACCUGUUCUAAAAUAUCGCUGUACAGUAUCAUUGCAAAAAACAUGAUAAUUUUAAAUAAUUUUAAAUUAUUUUACUUGCUUAAACAUUAUGGACAUUAUACAUGUGUAAUACUAAACACUUUUUAACACAAGUUUACAUUUCACAUUAUAUUUAAUGGAAUCGCACUACCUUCCACUUCACAAAACUCAGACCCUUUAUAGCUAACUUUCUCUGUUUGCUCACAGUUUAUAAGACUCAUUACAGUGAUCGAAUCCAUGAAAUCUUUCCUGAAAACAGUCUUUGGUCUGCCUAGGGAAAAAAUAUUAAGCGUCUCUAAACAUUAUUUGCAUGUGCUCUGAUAUGUCAUUUCACAUGACUGCCAAAUCAUAGCACAGCAAAAUGAUGCCUGAGGUUCUUCAGGAUCUGCUGAGUGUCCACAUGUUCAGGGAAGGCAUCCUCAGACUUCUGGGCAGCCAUGUAGCUACUCUGAAGGUCGCCCACCUUCACACACACACACACAGAGGGGAAGAUUAUCUAUUAACCCCUUUUCCUACUAAAUAAAUGAAUGUCUUCUGCAAUGAUGCUCAAAGAUACUUUCAAAUAUACAAAAAUAUUAUAUUUAUAAUAGUAUAUUUGAAAAACCUUUGGAAACAAGGAAAAUAAAUGUAGUAACAUCAAUUGCUGAAUGUUGAAACAUCUACAGAUGUUCUAAAAUCACAUAUAAGCCACUUGUUCUUGCUAAGGAGUCCAAUAAGGCUAAGACGAAGAAAAGUUCAGUAAUCCGUACCUUGUCCGAUAGUAUAGCAAAGUUGAAAUGUGGUUCAUACAUGUGAGGGGCCAGAGAAGCAGCAGUCUGCAGAAAAGCUUUAGCCUGCAACAAAAGAAAAGAAUGACUACAUUACAACAAUACUACCACAUACUGCCAGUGUUUGUCUAUCCAGAAGGCAAGGCUAUGUGCUUAAUUUUAUCCACCUGUUAGCAAUGGGUGUGGCUGAAAUAAUUGGGAAAUGUGUCCCCAUACUUUUGUCUAUAUAGUGUAUGACUAGAGCUGAAGUAAUUUCUCACUGUUUGAUAUGGUUUAACAUAUUUGUUUUUGACCAUGUUUUUGACCAAGACUACCAUGAGAAGUACAUAUCCUAUUAAACACCCUAAAUCACCCUAUAGAAUUCUUAAACAGUUUGCUCAAUAUU